ACCCCUCUCCCCCACCCCGUUCUCAAAGCAAUCCGCCGCUGCAGAACCUUCCGAGGACACCGCGCUCCUUCUCGAACCUUCCCCUCGCCCCCAAUAUAUACCGCGCCACGGAAUCCUCCGUUCCCAUCGCAACACAACUCGAAUUCGCAAACGAGCAAACAAGACAACACCGACUGCCAAGAAAAGCUUGAGACAGCAACGGCCAUGGCGUCCCGCCGGUUCUUCGCCUACGACCCCUACGACUACUACUACACCACCCCGUACCACUACCCCUACCCGUACUACCACCACCAGCAGGCCACCCCAGCCCGCAGAGGCAGCGGCUUCUUCCCGGUCGCCGCGGACGCCGAACCCGCGGCGGUGAGGAGGGCGGCCGUGGACGUGGACCCUGCGCCCAGGGCGAGGUCGGUCUCGAUCCCCGUCCAUUUCGUCGGGUCAGAUCCGGAGGCGCUGCCGGAGAGGGAGGAGGCGGGGCUGCGCGCGGAGCCGGGGGCCAGGGUGGCGGCCGCUCCGGCGGUCGUGCCUGCGAAUGUGAAGCGGGCGCCGUCGGUGGAGGAGGCCGCGGUGCGGGUGCAGGCGGCGGCGCGCGGGUUCCUGGCGAGGCGGUCGGUGCGGUCGGUGCGCGAGGUGGAGCGGGAGGCCGAGGACGUCGGGCGGAAGGUCGCGCGCGAGGCGGAGGCGCUGCGCGGGGACGCGAGGGCGCGGAUCGCCGUCGGGGAGUCGCUGAUGAGGCUGCUGCUGCGGCUCGACGCGGUGCGCGGCGCGCGGGAGUACCGGCGGAGGGUCGCCAGGCGGGUGCUCGCGCUGCAGGACGCCGUCGACGCCCUCGAGCCCAAGGCGGCGACGGCGCUGGCGCCGGAGGAGAUGACCGAGGCCGGGGACGACACCGCGGCUGCUGAAAUUGCGGAGGAGAGCGUCGUGGUCCCGAGGCUGCCGGAUGCCGCGGACCACGUAGCUGAGAAGGAAUCGAAGGCGGCGGCUGAGACGACCGACGGGAUGGAGGUGGAUGGAGAAGUCGCCAGCGGCGAGCUGGAGAAGAACAGAGAGGAGGCGGAACCGGCUCCGCGCAACGCCAAUCUUCUUGAUGUCGACGACAAGCCGGAUGAUGAUUCGGACGCGGAGGGCGGCGAAUGGGAGAUGGUGGCCGACGAGCCGGCGCCGCCGCACGAAGCGCCGACGCAACAAGAAGCGGCGGCGGGGAAGGAGACCUCCGCCGCCGGCCCGGACGCGAAGAGGCUGAUGGAGAUGGUGGCGGCGCUGUGCGAGCGGAGCGCGCAGCCGUGCGCGGUGAUGGGGGCGCUGGCGGAGCGCGUGGACGCGCUGGAGCGCGCCGUGCGGCGUGUGGAGGACGCCGAGCGCCGCCGGCGGCGAGCCAAGAAGCUCAGGAAGGAUGGCAAAGGGAGCAACCGGAGCAAGUGCUACUCCGACGGAGGAUUGACUGAUGAAGCACGCCAUUGACAAGGAUAACACCACUUCUGUAAUUCAACCAAACGCGGU